UUUUAUGAAUCAUAUAUACAUCUUUACAAAAGCAACCUCCCUCCCCGUUUUCUCAAACCUCGAAACCGAAUUCAGAUCUCAGUAUAUACACACACCCUCCAUUCUUUAAAUCCGGACUUGAUAAGAGUAGUUAAGAUGUCGGACUGCUUUGUUGGAUCGCUGUUGGAAGUAUGCUUCCUAAUCGCAGCGAUCGGACUAUACACUGUGAUUGUACGCGCCAAACCCGCAAGGCAGAAGAAUCUCGACAAUCUUCCGAUUGAGAUUCAACUGAAAAUUGCGGAAUGCUUGAGAUACGGCAACGCCUCUACCCCUCGGGCAAUGGCGGACCUGGCCGCUUUAGCAUUGGUUUGUCGAUCACUUGCCCGGCCCACACAAAGAGUCUUAUAUAAAGCGCCAUAUAUACCAUCGCAUGAUACAGCGGAGGGAUCGCCGAAUCUGCCUUUCUUGAGGACUGUUGCGAAUAAUCCAUUUUUACUCUCCCAUAUUCGACACUUGGAUAUCACUAUGGUUAUCAUGUCGCGAGACGAAUCGCAUUUCGCCGGCGCCCCCUUGAAUGUUCUGGAAAAAUACGACAAACGGAGACAAGAUCUUGGCGAGGAGACUUUCGCGCGUCUCUCGUCUCUUGGGUUCGGCGAGCCAUCGCAGCUGUACCACGUUCUCACGCAACGCGGACCAGAUGUUACCUGGGUUGGAAUGAUCUUGGAAAUGGCGACUUCGUUGUGCAAUAUGACGCUGCGUAUCGUUCAUGAAGACGGAAGCCUUAUUUCCUUCCAGUCCCUAGAGAUUCUGUAUGGGCUUCUAAUCCGAGAGAAGCUCAGACACAAUCGAGGCGGGCCCAGACAUCUCCCUCUCGCGAAGCCGCAGAGCUUCUGUAUAUCCGGUGAAGACAUCUGUGGGGCUGAUGUAGGGGACCCUUUCUUACAAAAAUGGAGUCCCUCUCUAUGGCCUGCGGCACUCGAAAACAGCGUCCUAAAUCACGCCACCGUGUGGGAGGUUGACUGCAAGAAGCGCAACGUGAUCGCCCAUUAUCGAACAGUCGCAAACAUGGAAAUGCAUCAUCUGGGCGAGAUGACGAGGAUGGAGCUCCUGAUUCAGGAUGGUUCGGAGUUGUGUGAUCCUUGGGGGAAUCCGCGGACGCGUAAAAGCUCAAGAAGUUUCAAGAACGUGGUGUUAAAGCUUCAACCUUUUGCAUGGCGACUUCGCCAGCUCAGAAUCCGCGCCCAAACAGAUGAUGCGGAUAGCGGAACUCCAGCGUGGCUAGCAAAAAUCUCGCGCGCCAGAACUAUGCGGCAAUUUACCUUUUUGGAAUCGCUUUCGGUCCCGCAAGACUUUCUAUUCAAGCGACAUUCGAAACCCGGAGUCCUGAAGUUCAGGCCGAUUCACAGGUUCUUGCCUUUCGAGCACCUGCGGGAAAUUGUGAUCGAGCACGCGACGGAGGAUCUACGGAUGUGGCUGGAGGCUUUGGUAUUGUUUCUUUCCCAAAUCAACAAGUCGGAUUUUGUGCUGGGAAGCAUUCAGAUUGGGGUGAAUGAAGAGGUGGAAAACUCUUUCCCUUCAGGAUGGUAUCGGGGCAGCCCUUUCUGGGAUGAUUUCAGGGAACUGAACAUCGAGAUUAGUUUUUUUCAGAUGAACUGUUGA